AUGCGAAAUAGUAAUGAUGAGGAGAACAUGGAGAAGAAUACUGUGGCAAAUGAGACAGAUUUUUAUUUGAAAACUGCUCGCCUAGAUAGGAAAGCUGAUCCUUACAAGUGGUGGUCAGCAAAUGAAAAGCAAUACCCAAACCUUUCAAAAUUUGCUAAAGUUUAUCUUUCUUCUCCCGGGAGUAGCGUGCAUAGUGAGAGUUUUGAAAGAAUAUCUAAUUUCGUGUUCAUUAUCUCUCUCAAAGGUUGGAAAACUUUAAUAAAUAACGUUUCAGACGACCGAAACGCGUCCGAGGCCGGCGAAUACAUUUUCCGAACCCCGAUACUGAGAAAGCGUUGGUACGAGAUCGGCGUCCUGGCGAUCCGGGUCUCGAACUCCACCGCAGAGAGGAACGGAACGAGGGAUCCGAACGACGUCGACUUCGAGGAGUGUCGCCUCAUCAACGCCGAGAAGAGCAUCGUCGACAGCGGCACCACCGGCAUCCGGAUGCCCGACGCCGUGUUCCGGCGGGUGGUGGGCGAGUUGAGGAGUUCGGCCCGGACGUCGAACACGCUCGUCUUGGACGAGUUCUGGUACCACGGGGAGGCCGCCUGCUGGCCCGAGCCCCAAGAGUGGAACCUGCCCUCUCUGGCCGUCGACAUCCUCGGCUCGGAGGCCGACGACCGGUUUUUCACUCUGGAGAUCCCGGCUCAGAGCUUCAUGCGCGUGAUCAGCGCCCGCAACAAGUCGGCGUCGAGCGGCUCCGUCUCGGAGUUCUGCUACAAGUUGGGGCUGGAGGCCGCUCCGGGCACGGUGCUGGGCUACACGGCCAUGGAGGGCCUGCAGGUGCUCUUCAACAGGUCCGCCGGCUGGAUCGGCUGGAGAGAGUCGUCCUGCGGGCCCGCGGCCCGGACGUCCGGUCCGUGGAACGCGUCCGGGUCCCUGCUGAGCUCCUGCGGCCUCGACCGGUCUCUGCCGGACGUCAACGUCUCGAUAAAGGCCGCGCAGUGGACCCUCUGCGCCAUCUCCGUCGUGGCGGGUGCGGUGCUCGUCUAUCUAUUGGCUCCCUGCAUCAAGAUGUUCCCGGUUCGGCGCUUGCCCCGGUCCCAGCAGAUCUCUCUGUCCCAAGCGGCCUUGGUCGAGCGGGAUACGACGUAG